GCAGUUUAGUUUUAGCUGACGGGAUACGAGUUUCUUCCCCCCUUAAAAACCAGCUUCCCGCAACAUUAAUAAAAUCAUUCUGUACAAGUCGGGCUCGCUAGUGCUGCUAUACUUGCAUCGUCAGCCUGUUUGUUUUCUCAAUAUUUUUCAAGAUGUUGCUUUAGUUAUGUUUAUUUUACAGAAACGCCAGUGUAACUAUUUUUUAACAAAAGGCUAGUUUUACUUCCAGCGGGUAUGGUGCACAACACCUAUGGGGCGGACUAGUGUGUGUGUGUGGCAAUGUUUACUUAUUAUAAGAAUAAGAUCUCAGCGUAUUCUGGUCCAGGUUUAUUUUCUGUCCAGGCAACAAGUACGUAAUCAAUUUGUAUAACCUAACUGAGGCAACAAAUUAUACAUGAUGUGUCACUCAUAGGUUCUAACUUUUGACGACGUUUGUGUUGACUUUUCAACCACAGACUAAGCUAAAACAAUUACAAAAACCUGGUUGGAAGAAAACCCUGAACAGCCGGACUUCCCACAAUUUAUUUGAUUUGGACAGCACAACCAAAGGGAUACAUUGGAGGACACUUGUAUGUUGACAGCUAUACUUCUGUAUAAGCCACUGUAGUAAUAAUAGUGGCAUUACACAGAAUAAAACUACGUGGUUUUGGUGGCUGCGAAUCCGCUUGUGAAACUACACUCCAUAGUUUACGUUUUGCUUCGACGCCUUCCUUCCGACUCCUGUUUUGGACUUGAUAAAGUUUGUUUUUUUUAUUGAUUUUUAAAAAAAUAUAUUUUGUAUUGUAUAUAUUUUUGUAAUGUAGUUAUAUUUUUGUAAUUAAAUAUAUACAACUAGUUGAGUUUUUAAACUGUAAAAAAUAUUUAUUUAUUUUGUCUGAACCCUAUCCGCUGGUUUCCCGCAUGACGUCAUCGUCACGUAUCUGAGGUUGUAACGGGCGGAUUUUUUCAAAAUGGAGAAAGUGCAAAAAUGUUGGAGUGGAAGCACAACGCAAAAUAUACAUGCAGUUCCAGGGGAAAAAACACGACUCCUAAUGCAAUGUUACAUCUGAUCGAAACAUUUACAACAAGAGUACAUAUGUUUUUGUGGAUUAUUUACGAAAAACGACAAGAUGAGUGUGUCACUCGGCGAGAAAGUAGAGGAUUUCAAGGUUCUCACCCUUCUUGGGAAGGGAUCCUUUGCAUCCGUGUACAGAGCAAAAUCUGACAUCACUGGCUUGGAUGUUGCCAUCAAAAUGAUUGAUAAGAACGUCAUGCAUAAAGUAGGCAUGGUCCAGCGAGUCCGUAACGAAGUGGAGAUUCAUUGUCAGCUGAAGCACCCAUCCAUACUUGAGUUGUACAAUUAUUUUGAAGACAGUAACUAUGUCUACCUGGUUCUGGAGAUGUGCCCCAAUGGAGAGAUGAGCACAUAUUUGAAGAACAGGAAGGGACCUUUCUCAGAAGAUGAAGCACGGUACUUCAUGCACCAGAUUGUCAGAGGGAUGCUGUACCUGCACACCCACGGCAUACUGCACCGGGACCUCACGCUUUCCAACCUGCUGCUCUCCAGCAGCAUGAGCAUUAAAAUCGCAGACUUUGGGCUGGCCACCCAGUUACAACUGCCCAACGAGAAGCAUUUCACAAUGUGCGGGACUCCUAAUUACAUCUCCCCCGAGAUUGUCACCCGCAGUGCCCACGGGCUGGAGUCUGACGUCUGGUCUCUGGGGUGUAUGUUCUAUGCCUUUCUAGUGGGCAGGCCGCCCUUCGAUACUGACACGGUCAAACACACUCUUAAUAAAGUGGUGUUGGCCGAAUACGAGAUGCCAACACACGUGUCCCAGGAGGCCCAGGACCUUAUUUACCAGCUGCUUCGGAAAAACCCUCUAGAUCGUCUCAGCCUGUCCGCUGUGUUGGACCACCCUUUCAUGAUCAAGUGUUUGUCGGCCAGGAGCAAAGACUCUGGGAUGGUGGAAGCCUCUAUGGAUAGUGGGAUUGCAACCAUAUCCAUAGCUUCCACUGCCACCAUCGGGUCCUCUUCCACCAGCUCAAGUGGACGCUUGCACCAGAAGACUAGGCAUCUCAUUGGACAGCCCCUUCCAAACAGAAUCAACGUGGUGCCCCCCCACGCUUCCUUGGUGGACAGGAGCUUGGUUUACAACGAGCAGGUCGUGCAUCGAGACAGUGGUGACAGGGGAGGCCGCGGGAGGCUGCUUCAGAAAUCCGAAGAGGAUCGGCCCCACUCACGCUAUCUCAGAAGAGCCCACUCCUCCGAUCGGUCUGGGGCCUCCAACAGCCACAUGCAGGGGAAAGCAACCGUCACAAUGGAAAGGUGUCACUCAGUUGACGUGCUUCCCAAGCCAGGCAGACUGGGAACCUGUAGAAAACAAGAGACCUUCUCCAGCGGCCACAGUUACGGAGACAUACCACACAGCUUUAAAGAAAAUCCAUCAAGUAGCACUGGUUCUCUGGACAGAUGCAUGAUAUUGCCUGCUGUCAAACAGAAGGCCAAUUCAGAUUAUUUAUACCCCAGCAAUCCAACUAUUCCAGUACAACAGAGAAUGGAAACUGAAGCAGUACACCACUGGUUUGCAAAUGCUCAGCCCCAGCAAGGUCACUUUAAAAAGCCAGCGGAUGUCAGCACCAUUAGCAGUACGAGUGGAAGCUUCCAUAAUGGGCGACAGCCUCUUGGUAUGCAGAACGGAUUGCACAUGAAAAGGGGUGAAGCUGGACAGGGAGUCAGGGAACCUCAGGGAACCUCAAAUUUCUACCCCCCUCAUGCGGCAGAACAAGGCAGGCCAACGCCCAGAGAGAAGACAAACUCUGGGAAUGAAAAACCCUCCCUAAAGAACGUGGUCUGCCCUCUGAAUGCAAAGAGAUUGAAGCCUAUCAGGCAGAAGACUAAGAAUGCAGUGGUGAGCAUCCUUGAUACAGGCGAGGUUUGCAUGGAGCUGAUUAAAGGACAAGGCUCCCAGGAGCGAGUUCGGGAAGUUCUGAGGAUAUCUUGUGAUGGUUCAAUGGUUACUAUUUACCAUCCCAAUGAGGGAAGAGGAUUUCCACUGGAUGAUCAGCCACCAUCCCCACCCGAAGAUAUUUUUAUUUACAGCUUAGAGGACUUGCCAGAAAAGUAUGGAAAGAAAUACCAGUAUGCCACCAAGUUUGUGCAGUUGGUGAAAUCUAAAACCCCCAAAGUGACGCUCUACACAAAGGAUGCCAAGAGCAUGUUGAUGGAGAACUCCCCCAAUGCAGAUAUGGAAGUCUGUUUUUAUGAUGGUGCAAAAACACACAAGACCACAGAUUUUCUGCGGGUUAUUGAAAAAACAGGGAAGUCUUACACACUGAAAGGAGACGUAGGGCUCAGUGGCCUCAGUGAAGAAAGCAGAGCCUACGUGGAACUUUCAAACAAGGCUCACCGGAUGUGCCUUGCAUUGGAGGCUGCUAUCACACUAGAAGAGAAUAGAAGUAAAAAGAAUAUUUCCUUUUUUCCAAUUAUUGUUGGAAGGAGACCAGGUAACCUAGAUUCUCCAAACAGUCCCUCCUUACCUGCACAGGAAACAAAAAGCACAGGCAGAGAGCAUCUGUCAGCAGAUGGACUGGUGUUGGGGAGCAGCACGCCCCCUAGCCAGGCUCCCAAUAUGACUCCUUCUAGGAUUUCUUAUGAUGGAUCAGUUUUUACAUCUGUCAGCACUGUUGAAGGUAAAUCACCUCCAUCUGCAAAACAGGGUGUCACUCCAAAUGCAGGGCAGGUUCUGAAGUCUGUGUUUGUGCCAAAUAUCGGCUGGGCUUCUCAGCUGACCAGUGGAGAGGUGUGGGUGCAGUUUAAUAACGAUGGGUCCCAGUUGGUGGUGCAGGCAGGCGUCUCCGCGAUAAUCUAUACAUCACCUCAGGGUCAGACAACAAGGUAUGGAGAAAAUGAAAAGCUUCCUGAAUCUGUGAAAGAAAAGCUGAAGUGCUUAUCGUCCAUUCUUCUAUUGCUGGCACAUCCAGCAGCAACUCGGCACUGAUGCGAAGCUCUGGAUUUUGUACAGCAGUAUCUGAUCCUCUGUGUAUCAGACAUGCGGGAUUCUGUACAAACAUGAUUCUGUAAAACUCUACAAAUACUUUUGAAUGUACAUUUUGUACCUGUGCUUUUGUAAAUACAUUUCUAUUUGUAAAUUGUAUGUGGUGUUCAAAUAAUGUAUAUGAAAGAUACCUAUUUUUUUGCAUUUAACUUGUUUUAUAUUUUACCAUCCCUUGAGAGGUGAAACAUUGUAAUUAUAAAGAGUAUAAGCAGUGCUAAACAUUUUUUAUACAUCUAGUUUUACUUUGGCACUCUUACAAACAUCUAGCUCUGAUGAAAUAUGAAAGCGGUUUAUUAAAAAGAGCUAGAGUAAUAAACGAUGUCUGAUGUAUUGGUACUUUUAUUGGUCAUGCUUUAUGAAUGUUUUUUUUUUUUUAUUUAUUUAUUUUACUUCCCCAAAAUUAUAACAAUUUCCUUUACCAGAUAAGAUGCACUAAAUGUUGAAGAAACACAAUGUAUUAAUUACAUUUUUUAAUUACAGGUUCAGGGCUCUAUGUAUCAUUGAUUUUUCGUAGGUUUUUGUGACUUCGUAGACUUACCCGCAAUGUAUUUCACUCCCGUAAACUUAGUUUCUUCCCUGCUACGGUAGUUUCAUUAUGACUGUUCGUUUCAAAGUGCUUUCGUAUGUAAGUGUACGAAUCUCAUUAUAAUAUCUAAGUUUCGCGCUUACCCUUGAUGUAUAAUCAUUUUUCUGCUGAUUUACGACUUCGGUUUGUGCUUGUUAUUUUACGCAUGCCUCUCACUGGUGUAGAUUCAACUAUCUGUUCGUAUGUGAAACUUCCUGUACGUUUGCGAGCAUUUAGUUACUUUAAAACAAAAUAGAAAUACUCAAAAAAUGUAUUUAUUAAUAGUCUAUAUUAAAUAGCAAUGGCAAUAAAUACAUUUUGUUUUGGUUUAUUUUAUAUUCGAAUGUGCUUUAUUUAAAACUUACAUAAAGCAUACAACUAUUCCAAUGUAUUACUUGGUGGUAAAAUGCUAGACUGAUACGCUGCUCCUUAUAAUUGCUUUUAGUAGGUAAAAUAUCAAACAGAAACAACGAGAUGCUUCACAUAAUCAAAACGAAUACACAACACCACUCGGAAGUAAACAUUUUACGCAAAAACAGCCUUCAUUUUUUGUCCCGUCAGAAACAGUAAAAUUGUGAAAUCAUCUCGUUUUUAAGUACAAAACUGCAUCGGUGUGCUCAGCAAGAUAAUAGCAGAGUAAUUUAUCAGGUUGUGUUAUCAAAAAUAAAAUAAACAAUCUUAUGGAUUAUUUUGUUUCAUCAAUCUGAUUUAUGUGUUUAUCACGUUUAAAAGGUAAUAGCUGAUCUAUUUUUUUAAAUCUGGCUUUUUGUACAUUUACAUGUUAUGAGAUGACAAUAUAGAUUAAAUGCGUUGUUGUUAUCAUCUGCAGGAGGCCUACACACACCCGAUGUUUAAUUUACGUUACUGUAUUAUUAUAUGCUGCUAUUUUAACGGCUUCAGUGAAUUGAGGAAAAUAAAAGUGUUUCACUCUGCAAACAUAGUAACCCUAAAUCACGUUGACAGUGCAAGAAACUAAAGCUCGAUACCAAGGCCAGGCCGCACUGGCUCUGAAAAUGAAGGUUGGUGGACCCCUCGCGACUGCCCAAACACACACUUAGAAAAAUACACCUCCACACACACGCUUGAAUACUGUUGCUGUCAUAUGCUUAACUCUAUAACUGGCACUGGACGAGCUAUUCCGCCCAAGUGUUGUGUUUAGUCUGUAUGUGUCAAUCUGCGCACUCUCUUUACCGCUGUUACUCUCCUAUAAAAAAUAACGGAGUCCUUUCAAAACGACACUACCCAAAUGCCCAGCGAAGACGCUUGUAUGAAACGUUUUUAUAUCUUUUUUGGCCAUUGGAUAACGAGA